CACCACUGCUAUACGCAUGCGUGAAACUUAGGUAAAUGGUUAACCUUUCAUUUAUUUUUUUCAUGGAUUUGACAUUAUUUAAUUUGACUUCGACAAAUACGCCGACCGCCGAGGACGCGUGGCGAUCAUAGAUGCGAACUAUUCGCUUUAACUUAGCGUGACUAGUUGAAGACGGAAGCGACGUGCGGUGAACGCUCUGAGUGCCCGUCCGGUUGGAUGUUCUGUCGCGAGCUCAGCAGUACCUACCCUCACGCGCCGAGCCAGCCCAGUUUUGUCAGCGCGCGGUGGUGUAGUGGAAGAUGGCGCUAGCCGAAUGGAAAUCCUAAUGACAGUCUCCAAAUUUGCCUCUUUUUGUACCAUGGGCGCCAAUGCCUCUGCUCUGGAGAAAGAGAUUGGAUCUGAGCAGUUUCCGGUCAAUGAGCACUACUUUGGCCUUGUCAAUUUUGGGAACACCUGUUAUUGCAACUCGGUGCUGCAGGCUCUGUAUUUUUGUCGGCCUUUCCGGGAGAAGAUUUUGGCGUAUCGCAGUCAGCCUCGGCGAAAGGAGAACCUUCUCACCUGUUUGGCUGACCUGUUCCAUAGUAUUGCCAACCAGAAGAGAAAAGUGGGCGUCAUACCACCCAAAAAGUUCAUCACACGGCUACGCAAGGAGAAUGAACUGUUUGACAACUACAUGCAACAGGAUGCCCACGAGUUCCUAAACUAUCUACUCAACACCAUUGCUGAUCUGCUUCAGGAAGAGAGGAAGCAGGAAAAGACCAAUGGCCGCCUUGCCAACGGCACCUUGGACUCUCAGAACAACAACAGUAAUGCCACACCUGCUCCCACUUGGGUCCACGAGAUCUUCCAAGGCACUCUGACCAAUGAGACACGCUGCCUAACCUGUGAAACAAUAAGCAGCAAAGAUGAAGACUUUCUGGACCUUUCCGUGGAUGUAGAACAGAAUACCUCCAUCACCCACUGUCUCAGAGGUUUCAGUAACACAGAGACACUGUGCAGUGAGUAUAAAUACUACUGUGAAGAAUGUAGAAGCAAGCAGGAGGCACACAAGAGAAUGCGUGUGAAGAAGCUGCCAAUGAUUCUGGCGCUGCACCUGAAGCGCUUUAAGUACAUGGAGCAGCUGCAGCGUUACACCAAGCUGUCCUAUCGUGUUGUCUUCCCCCUGGAGCUCCGCCUCUUCAACACUUCUGGGGACGCCACCAAUCCUGAGAGGCUUUACGACCUGGUUGCUGUGGUGGUGCACUGUGGGAGUGGUCCGAACAGGGGGCACUACAUCGCCAUCGUGAAAAGUCAUGAUUUCUGGUUGCUGUUUGAUGAUGAUAUUGUGGAGAAAAUUGAUGCACAGGCCAUAGAAGAAUUUUACGGCCUUACUUCUGAAAUCUCCAAGAACUCUGAGUCAGGCUACAUCCUCUUCUAUCAGUCCAGAGACUAAAUGAGGAGGCUUCGCCACAGACAGCAGAACGAUAAUAAAAAGCUCUGUUCCCUCUAUGAGGAACAGGGGACCAUAAACACACCUCAGCUGUCCGCAUGGUGUCAUACCUGCCCGCACAGCUGUAACUCCUACCUGUGCUUAUACGCACUCGACAUACCAGCUGCCCUCCCCCCCCGGCCUCCAUGUACCCCCCCUCUUCCCCCUCCAAUCCUACUCACUCUGGCUGGACACUGCUGCUGCAGAGACAAUGAGACAAUAAUGAAUGACAACUGUGUCAAGAUUGUUUUCUAAAAGACGUUGAAUGAGGGUUGUACAGAUGUUGGUUAGUUGUAUGAGUGGCGUAUUUGUUUUUUGCCUUGGGUUCGGGGUUGAAUGGGUAUUUAAUAAUUCAUAUGAUGUAAUAUAGGCUCAGUGUCCUCACCCCCUACACACUUGCUACUGUGCACUGGGAUUUAUAGGAGGAGAUCAUGUUCUUGAUCAUAGCGAGUAGUGUGGAUGGGUGGGUGGGGGUGAGGAGCCCACUUAUGGGCUACACUGAGUUGUGUAUUUCUACAGUGUACAGAAUGGUAUUUGUAUAAAUAUAACAAGAAGAUAAUAUUAUCAUUGGAAAAUGUCAGACCUUGAGAACAUGUAUUAACACUAUGGUGCACUUUUGAUACCGUUUUGUAGGUGUUAGCAAGUUUAAUGUGAGGGUUUGCUUAAAGGCCUGUUGUGAACUGAUCAUUUUCUGUUUUAAAGAAAAAGAAAUAAAGCCAGUAAAAUCGA